GGCUCAGCAUUGCCUGAGCCCUUAGCGCAUUGCAUCCGAUCUGUGCCGGUCUGAGGGGUAAGAUGUGACCCCCGAGAGACUCAGAGACUAGGGGCAAAUUUUCAGAAAGUAGGAGAAAUCAAGCGCAGGGAGUCCAGCCAUGGUCAGGGAUGACUUUAAUAAGACAUACCACCGCAUAGGAGGAGCUGUCACCGGGGAAUCUAUGGAUGUUGCCGGCAGCAUAACUGCAGAUGCGCGCAUUAGGAGACGUCUUUCCAGAUCAAGUCUUAACAAGUGAAACCUGGAAUAAACUAACUGAUAGCUGUCGUUUCGGGAAAUAUGGUGUAAAGUACUGCACUACAGUAGUGCGCAUUCACAUGAACGCCGCUGGGCUCGGUCGAUCCACACACGAGCGCUAUGCGGCUGCAGACUGCUUGCGACUGCAUCGGCUCUCUGGCGUUUGAGGUUCAUCACAAGCAAGAUCUGCAAGUUUGGGUUCCAGUGCAGAAGAUGGCUCAAAGGAAAUAAGCUGUUGCCUCAAAGAUCCUUCAUUUUCCUCUGCAACAACUAUGCUGCCAAAAGAGCAACACAGUGAUGGCAAAGCUGCCAAAACCUCCUGCUCUGAACAAAAGCCCAAGGCCAUGAAGAAGGAAAAGAAGGAGGUUGUGUACAUGGAUCCACCAGAUGGUGGUUGGGGUUGGAUGGUGGUUCUGCAUUGUUUCCUGGUGAACGUGCUGGUGAUGGGAACACUGAAGAGUUUUGGGAUCUUCUUUGUGGCACUGCAGGAUGACUUUGGUGGCUCGUCUGAGAGCAUCAGCUGGAUUGGAUCCAUCAUGUCCAGCCUCAGGCUGUCCGGAGGUCCAUUGGCCUCGGUGGCCUGUGCCAAGCUAGGGAACAGGGUUACCUCCAUAGUAGGGGCGCUUCUCGUCAGCACCGGCUUUAUCUCCAGCAUAUUCGCCACCAGCGUGAUCUACCUUUACAUUAGCAUGGGGAUAGUUGUUGGUCUCGGGUUUGCUCUUCUUUAUCAAGCCACAUCUGUUGUAAUAGUGACCUAUUUCCGAAAGAGGCUGGCAACUGCAUAUUCUAUUGGACGCUCUGGCAUGGGUUUGACCUUUGCCCUCGCACCAUUCACUCAGCUGCUUUUGGAUCAGUAUGCUUGGCAGGGAGCUCUUUUGAUUUUGGGAGGUCUGAUGCUGAACCUAGUGGCUUCUGGGAUGCUUUUGCGGCCUAUAAAUGUUAGACCUCCAGCUUCACCCAUGUCAAACUCUACCCUUCAUAAAUCUGGAUCUGAGAAAGAUCCUCUUAAGAACCAUAUGAAUGGGAACACAUCACUAUCCAAUGGCACUUCCAAAAUAGACAGCUCCCCUCCCAUUCACAGGGACACACUUAUAAUAGAGAACCCCGUUCAUGAACAGAACACUCUCCCAGACCUAGAACUCAAAAAAACCAUUCAGAAUGGGGUGAACGGUACAGACGGCAGCCAAAUUAAAACCUCCCCCGAGAUGAAUGGGGUUUCUCCUGUGGAUUCGUUACUUGAAAACAGCAGAACAGAAAAUCUUCCUGAAACCCCCAAAAAAGUGCUGGACUUCUCACUGCUGAAGAACCCUUUCUUUUGCAUCUACACCUGGUCGGUGGUCUUCAGUCAGCUGGCAUAUUUUAUCCCCUACUUCCAUUUGUCUGCAAGGGCCCGGAACCUGGGCAUUGACCCUAUGGAUGCUUCCUUUAUCAUCUCUGUGGCUGGUAUAACAGAGACGGUGGCCCAACUUGCAUCUGGCUGGGUGACAGACAGGAAUCUGGUUCACAAAUACCACUACCAUAAGGCCUAUCUGAUCCUGUGUGGUGUGGUUAAUCUUCUCUCCCCUCUGGCCACCUCAUACAUCUUGCUCAUGGUGUACGCUGUCUUCUUUGCCAUCUUCUGUGGAGGCUACAUGGCCCUCCUACUUCCUGUGCUGGUGGACUUGGUGGGUUCUGAAAAGCUGAACAACUCGAUGGGGUUCUCAAUGUUCUUUGUGGGGCUUGGCUGUCUAACAGGUCCUCCUCUGGCAGGCUUCCUGUAUGACUACACUCAGACCUACGACUGCUCCUUCUACCUGGCCGGUGUGUGUUAUCUGUUAUCAUCGGUUUCUCUUUUCCUCGAGCCUCUGGCGAGGCGCUGGCAAGCUCGAAAGAAGCGGAUAGAGACACUAAAUGAAGAAUUGAUGUGGAGUAACGGCUGUUUCUGCCCGGCGCCUCAGAGGAAUGGUGUUGUAUAAUAAAGAAAUAAACUCAAAGCCAUUUUACUUUCCACUUUUGUGUGGUUUACCUUCUGAAGGCUGCUCGGAAGAGGACCUGACCUGAACAUUUGGCGGGACCACAGUGUGGCAAGCAAAUGAAAGUUCAUUUGAAUGCAGAGACCAAUAAGUUAAAGCGACAAUGCAAAAUCUUUUGUUAAUGGGUGCAUGAGAAUGGAUUUUAUAAACAAAUCUCACCGCCAUCCUUAAUGGCAAUCAAAUCAACACAAGAACAAAACAAGAAAUCUUUAUCACUUCGUAAAGCUUGUAUUUUACACCACGUGAUAAAUCGGGAUCCUCCUACAUGAUGGUAAAUUUGUAUCACAUGACACAUUUUACUCACUUAGGCAAAUAUACUAGUGAACUAAGAGUAUUUUGUCAGAUGGUGAUGGGUCUAUGCAAUAAGCCUAUUAAGCCUCCUUUUUGAGCCUUUAAUGUGUGUUCAUAUCUGUUGAUGUGUUUUUGUUAUGAAGUACUGUGUAAUGGCCUGCAUAAGGCCAUAAGGCCUGCCAUCGACAGAUUUUAUCAUUGGUGCACCAACUGGAAGACAUUUUGGGCCAGAAAAUUUCAGACAAUGACUUUUUUUUUUUCUCACUGGUGCCAAAUCAGUCACACUGUCAUUUACUGCUGACAACAACCAAGAGAUUUUUUUGGAACAAACCGCUGUGUGAAUACAAGCAAAUAUUCUUCUGAUGCCAAGUUUUGCAGAAUUAGGUCAGUUGGCUUGGUUCAUGUGUUCACCUGUUCAAGAGGCCCAGACGUCAAGCAUUUACAUAGUGUGUAAGUGCAAAUCCGUUUUACUUGUCAUUUUUAUUUUUAGGAUUUUUUGAUUUUGUUGGGUACACUACAGUGCACUGUUUAUCACCACUGUUUGCCUUUGCACACAAUGACUGUGCGAAGUAUCCUUUGUUGAGAGCCAAAGAUGCAAUAGAAAUAUAAUUUAUAAAUCUAUGCAUUUGAAUAUG